GCGCUCGAUCAGUGGACUGAUUACGUCAAUAGGAGGCAGAAGAGUAAGGUAUCGGCCAUGGCUUUUUCAAGCUUUAAUCGUAUAUUCGCGAGAAAUUUCGCGACUGCAGCAGGAAAGUCUGAAAAAGGGGAUGCUACACGUUUGUGGAGAAAUUUAUACAUAUUCGUUGGCUUUCCAGCCACUUUGUUAGGUUUAUUGAAUGUCUAUCUAAACAGCGAUCAUCAUUCUAAACCAGAAUUUAUUCCUUAUGAACAUUUAAGAAUUAGAACCAGGCGGUUUCCUUGGGGAGAUGGACAGCAAUCAUUGUUUCAUAAUCCGCACGUAAAUGCCUUACCUACGGGCUAUGAAGAGUAAUAAGAAAUCUGCUAGUGCUAUUAAAAUUUAGAUUGUUCGUCGAAAGGUAAUAUAUAUAAAUAAACAAAACCUUUGUUCCACCAACCUGGAAACAGUUUCAAUAAAUUAACGAGUUUUUCUCUUA